CACGCAUGGCCCUUAUUUAAGGCGACCCGCUUUGGCAAAGACAGCCUUGUGACACACCGCGUUCGGCACGACGACGAGACGACGACAGCAAUAGAGCGCAGUGCUAUGGACGGAGCCAAGAGUCCGUUCGCGCGCAAGAGUCCCAAGACGCCGUCCGGGCGCUUCGACUUUGGCCAGCCCCCGCUCGCGAUCUCGCAGAUCAUCCACCCCGACGACUGGGUCGACCAUGGCCAUCGCCGCAAGUGCUAUGUGUGCGCCAAGGUCUUCAACAAACUCCUGCGCCGCAAGCACAACUGCCGCAUGUGCGGCGAAGUCAUUUGUAGCAAGUGCCGUGUGCCCCAGCGCCUCGUGCUCGCGCGGCACGAGCAGCCGACGGUCGCACAGGUCUGCCUCGUCUGCGUCCAGAAGAUACCUGUGAUGCACGCCCCGGUGGACGCGCGCCGCCCGGACCGGCGCAGCUCGGGCCACACAGUCAUCUCGGAUGUGCACGACCCGUCGCAUUCGUCGUCGUCGUUCUUUGUCUUCCACGAUGACCACAUGAGCGUAACGAGCCAAAGCAACAUCAGCAGCGCGUAUAGCAACGAGACGGAGAUGCAACUUUGCAGCUACCGCCUCGACUAUGACUGGGAGUACCCGUGGCCCAAGCCGCCGCCCGUGCCAUCGCCGGUCGAGAAGCAGACGACCGAGAUGCUCCAGCUGCUCGACAUACUCGACUCGCCGCGCGAAGAUGCGUUUGACCGCAUCGCUUCGAGUGCGCGCAAGUCGGUGUCGUCGCACUGCAAGGCUGCGUGUGUUGCGUUUAUGGACUACAAGCACCAGCGCCAGUGGUUCAAAGCGUAUCUGGGCCUCGGCCAAGCCGAAAUGCCCGCCAUGGUGUCGUUCUGCGCCCACACCAUGUACCUCUUGGACGUGACGGUCGUCCUCGACACGGCGAGAGAUGAGCGCUUCUGCAAGAACCCCCUCGUGACCACCGAGAGCACGAGCUUUCGCUUCUACGCGGGCGCACCGAUCAUAGUCGAAAACGUGUGCAUCGGCACGGUGUUUGUCGUCGACUCGGAGCCGCGCUCAAGUCUGAAUGACGUCGAUACGCUCAAGCUCACCAAGCUCGCGCAGCUCACGUCACAGCUCCUUUUAGAGCGCAAGAUGUUGCCUGCGCACUGCAGCAUCAAGGGCGGCGUGCGGUCCAUGAAUCGGUCGUCGUCGGCGCCGUCGAUGGACCAGAUGACGCUCGACCGGCAGCAGGACGAGAUCAAAGAGAUGGCCAAGGUGCGGAAGCGAUCGCUCGAGCCCGCGCCCAUCUCACUACCGCCCCCCAGCACGCCCCCGAGUACGCCGUUAGCGGCAGCAGUCGUGCCCUCGACGGAAGGCGUCUCGCCGUCCAUGGAAGCCAUGCUGAUGAAUUUAUUGAGCAAGACGACCGAGACGCAGCAGCAGAUCGCGACGCAGCAAGGCACGCUCUUUGGAAAGCUCGAAGAACACAAUACGCAAAUCUCCAAGCUCGCAGAAGCGGUCGCGCGCAUGGAAGCCAAGUUGUCGACCGAAGACGACUCGCCAACGGCGUAGGAUCUGCGACAGUCGUGAUAACCAAGUCGUCGUAACAGUAGUAUGUGCACGUUUUCGCUUCACUUUUGCUUGAAGUCUCGUGCUGAUACUCAGUACAUGCAGUAUGUCAUUA